GGGCAUCAGAGAAUCCACACAAGGAAAAAAUCUUAUGAAUGUAGGGAGUGUGUAAAAGAAUUUCAUUGUAAGUCAAGCCUAAUGAUACAUGAGAGGGUCCACACAGGGGAGAAAUUUUAUGAAUGCAGGGAGUGUGGAAAAGUUUUUUCUCGUAAGUCAAACAUGAACAAACGUCACAGAAUGCACACUGGGGAAAUACGUUAUGAAUGUAGUGAGUGUGGAAAAGCUUAUCUUCAUAAGUCAAGCAUAAUCGUACAUCAGAGAAUCCACACUGGGGAGAAACCUUAUGAAUGUAGUGAGUGUGGAAAAGCUUUUAUUCGUAAGUCACACCUCAUUACUCAUCAGAGAAUACACAGAGGGGAAAAACCCUAUCAAUGUAGUGAGUGUAGAAAAGCUUUUAUUUGUAAGCCACACCUCAUUACUCAUCAGAGAGUCCACACUGGAGAAAAACCUUAUGAAUGUAGGGAGUGCGGAAAAGCUUUUAUUCAUAAGUCAAGCAUGAUCACACAUCAGAGUAUACACACAGGUGAAAAACCUUUUGAAUGUAGUGAGUGUGGAAAAGCUUUUCUUCAUAAGUCAAACCUCAUUACUCAUCAGAGAAUCCACACAGGUGAAAAACCUUAUCAAUGUAGUGAGUGUAGAAAAGCUUUUAUUCGUAAGUCACACCUCAUUACUCAUCAGAGAGUCCACACUGGAGAAAAACCUUAUGAAUGUAGGGAGUGCGGAAAAGCUUUUAUUCAUAAGUCAAGCAUGAUCACACAUCAGAGUAUACACACAGGUGAAAAACCUUUUGAAUGUAGUGAGUGUGGAAAAGCUUUUCUUCAUAAGUCAAACCUCAUUACUCAUCAGAGAAUUCACACAGGUGAAAAACCUUAUGAAUGUAGUGAGUGUAGAAAAGCUUUUAUUCGUAAGUCACACCUCAUUACUCAUCAGAGAGUCCACACUGGGGAAAAACCUUAUCAAUGUAGUGAGUGUAGAAAAGCUUUUACUCGUAAGUCACACCUCAUUACUCAUCAGAGAGUCCACACUGGGGAAAAACCUUAUGAAUGUAGGGAGUGUGGAAAAGCUUUUAUUCAUAAGUCACUCUUCAUUAGCCAUCAGAGAAUCCACACUGGGGAAAAACCUUAUGAAUGUAAUGAGUGUAGAAAAGCUUUUAUUCGUAAGUCACACCUCAUUACUCAUCAGAGAAUACACACUGGGGAAAAACCUUAUGAAUAUGAGUGUAGAAAAGCUUUUAUUCGUAAGUCACAGCUCAUUACUCAUCAGAGAGUCCACACUGGGGAAAAACCUUAUGAAUGUAGGGAGUGUGGAAAAGCUUUUCUUCAUAAGUCAAGCAUGAUCACACAUCAGAGAAUACACACAGGUGAAAAACCUUUUGAAUGCAGGGAAUGUGGAAAAGCUUUUCUUCAUAAGUCAAGCAUUAGAUCACAUCAGAGAAUACACACAGGUGAAAAACCAUUUGAAUGCAGUGAGUGUGGAAAAGCUUUUAUUCAGAAGUCAAACCUCAUUACUCAUCAGAGAACUCACACUGGAGAGAAACUGUAUUAAUGUAGUGAGUGUGGAAAAGCUUUUCUUCCCUUUAUUCAUAAGUCAAGCAUAAUUAUACAUCAUAGAAUCCACAUAGGUGAAAAACCUUAUCAAUGUAAUGAGUGUGGGAAAGGUUUUCCUUAUAAGCCACACCUCAUUAGACAUCAGAGAAACCACACUGGGGGAAAAACUUAUGAAUGUAGUGAGUGUGGAAAAGCUUUUAUUCGUAAGUCAAACCUCAUUACUCAUCAGAGAAUACACACAGGUGAAAAUCCUUAUGAAUAUAGUGAGUGUGGAAAAGCUUUUCUUCAUAAGUCAAGCAUUAGAUCACAUCAGAGAAUUCACACUGGGGAAAAACCUUUUGAAUGUAGUGAGUGUGGAAAAGUCUUUCCUUAUGCAAAAAUUUUAGAAGGGUUAAAGGCAGCAGUUAUUACCUAUGGCCCAGUUGCUCCCUUUACUCUAGCAUUGUUAGAAUCCUAUACUGAAGGCUGGCUAACACCAAGAGAAUUUAUGCACUUAGCUAAAGCCUCCCUUUCUGGAGGAGAUUUUGUGUUAUGGAAGUCCGAGGCAGCUGAUGCAGCCCAAGAAGUAGAGGCAAAAAAUCGUCAGCAUCCUGAAUCCCGAGAUUGGACAGCUAGACGAAUCUUACGAAAAGAGCCCUUUAACACCUUAGAAGCACAAAUGCAGUACCCUACUGUGUUGCUUUCCCAGGUCCGUCAGCACCUGAACUGUCUAACCAACUGCCUGACCCUGGAUGUGCUGACACUCGACAACGAGUUCUCCUCCAAGCCACCAAUUUUUAUGUGUGCCCUGGAAGCCAUCAUGAUUGUCAUCUCCUUCAUAAAUGUGGUGGCUCUGCUGAUUAUUUCUGUGCCUCUUGGGGAUGUGAAACUACAGAACCGGUAUGCCGAGCUACGUUCCACCAUUGAUGAGGAUAUACAACGUUUACAACAAAGCAUUGAUGAUUUAUCUGACUCCCUCUCCUCCCUAGCUGAAGUAGUGUUACAAAAUCGCCGAGGGUUAGAUCUAUUGUUCUUGCAGCAAGGAGGCCUAUGCGCCGCCCUUAAAGAAGAAUGCUGCUUUUAUGUAGAUAAAACAGGUGUUGUAAAAGAGAGCAUGAAAAAGAUUCGUGAAGGCCUUAAAAAAUGA